AUGUCAUCGAUGGUUCCCACAUCUGUUCCCAACGUCGCUAAUCUGUCCGUCGCCCACGAUGUUCCCCGCCGACAACUAUUCGGUGGUCCAACCUCACAGCAACUCGCCGCCAGACACGUCGUGCCCAGAGAGCUUCCUGCUUUCGCCGGUGAUCCAGUCGAGUGGCCGUUGUUCCUGAGCUGCUAUCAAAAUACGACCGACAUGUGUGGCUAUUCCGAUGGCGAAAACCUUAUGCGGUUGCAGCGGUGCCUCAAAGGAAACGCGUUGGAGGCUGUUCGAAGCCAUCUGAUGCAUCCUACAUCCGUGCCGCUGAUCAUCGACACGUUAAAAACUCUAUACGGACGCCCAGAGCAGAUCAUCAAAUCGCUACUAUCCAAGCUACGUGCAACGCCAACCCCCAAGCCUGAACACCUGGAGAGCCUGAUCGGUUUCGGUUUGGCGUGCAAAAACCUUUGUAGCCACCUCCAAGCAGCGGGUUUUCACGAUCACCUUUCGAAUCCCUUGUUGCUUCAGGAGUUGGUGAGUAAAUUGCCAGCCACCCUCAAGCUAAACUGGUCACUCUUCAAGCGCCAACAUGUGAACGCCGAUCUUACUACGUUUGGCAACUACAUGGACCAGAUUGUGACAGCCGCCAGUGAGGUGACGUUUCUCUGUGAAGCAGAUGGACAUGGCAAGCAAGAAAAACCGAAGACGAAGGAGAAGAUGUUUAUGCACACUUCUGAGGAGAAGGCAGUGGAAAGUGUAGCAGCCAAUCACAAGGAGAACAAGCCGAAGCCGUGUGUAGCCUGCCAGAAGGACGGUCACAAAAUCAAGGAUUGCUACAGCUUCCGCAAGAUGACUCUCGAAGAUCGCUGGAAAUUGGUUCAGGAGCGGUUCCUCUGUCGUCGUUGUUUGGGUUCUCACGGCAGAUUCCCAUGCAAGGCAAGCAACUGUGGGGAGAAUGGUUGUGAGGAUCGGCACCACAUGCUACUACAUCCCGGGAAUCCACAAUUAUCUCGAGCAACCGAAAACCCAGCAACUACAAGCACAGUUACCGUUCAUCGUCAGCCCAAGCAAACCGUCCUGUUCCGGAUUCUCCCGGUGUCGCUACACGGGAAUGGCAAAACAAUCAGGACGUACGCCUUUCUCGACGACGGCUCAUCCAGAACUCUGGUGGAAGCGAAGGUAGCUGCAGAGCUCGGCGUGACCGGCAACGUACAUCCCCUCUGUUUGCAGUGGACCAGUGGAGUUGAGCGGGUGGAAGACGAAUCACAGCUGAUAAAGUUGCAGAUUUCGGGUACGACAAAUACCACAAGAUUCGACUUGAAGGAAGUGCAUACUGUGAAGAGUCUUAACCUUCCGGCCCAGUCAUUGGCCUUCAGUGAACUUACCAAUCAAUUUCCCCAUCUACAAGGACUACCUGUCCAAAGCUACGCGACCGCCGUUCCCACGAUCCUGAUCGGCUUGGAUAAUUCGUUUGUGAUGGCAACACGGAAAAGUAGAGAAGGAAUUAGAGGCAGUCCGAUCGCAGCCAAAACCAGGCUGGGCUGGACAGUCUAUGGAAGCACGUGCGGCGAAGUGGUCCAGUCCACCCAUCAGCUGUUUCACAUUUCCGUUCGUUCGCCCGAUCAAGAGCUCCACGACCUAGUGAAGGAGUUCUUUGCUUUGGAAAGUGCGGGUGCUGUAACUUCCACGAAAGAGAGCGACGAUGAUCGACGUGCCCGUCAAAUUCUGGAAGAGACUACUGUACGGACGGAAUCAGGGAGGUUCCAGACAGGCUUGCUGUGUAAGUGCGACCACGUGGAAUUCCCGAAUAGUCGGCCCAUGGCGGAAAACCGGUUCCGCUGUCUCGAGCGCCGCCUAGCAUCAAGGCCCGUCCUAUACAUCAACGUGAAGAUCCAGAUUACACAAUACCAAGCCAAGGGAUACGCACAUAAGGCUAGUCCGGAGGAAUUUGCCAGUUUCGACCCCAAGCGGACCUGGUUUCUGCCGUUGAACGUCGUUACAAACCCAAGGAAGCCGAACAAGGUUCGAUUAGUGUGGGACGCGGCCGCUAAAGUCCAAGGGCACUCGUUCAAUUCUGCUCUUCUUUCUGGUCCGGACUUCCUCUUACCGCUUCCGGCGGUUCUGUCUUCGUUUCGCCAGUUUGAGGUGGCCAUCAGCGCUGACAUCUGCGAGAUGUUCCACCAGAUCUUGAUUCGGCCUGAGGACCGAUCGGCACAGCUGUUCCUGUGGCGGGACGAUCCCUCCAAGCCCUUCGAGGUGUUCGUCAUGGACGUAGCAACGUUCGGCUCCACCUGCUCACCUUCUGCAGCUCAAUUCGUCAAAAAUCGGAAUGCCGAAGAGUUUUCCGAAGAGUUUCCGCGGGCAGCGGAGGCAAUCACGAAACGCCAUUAUGUAGACGAUUUUCUGUGCAGCGUGGACACCGAGCAGGAAGCAGUGGAGCUAGCAGAACAGGUCAAGUUAGUGCACUCCAAGGCCGGAUUCGUGAUUCGAAAUUGGCUGUCGAACUCUAGUUACGUUCUCACACGGGUCGGGGAACAGCCAACAGAAAUGAUGGAAAAAGUUUGGAUUGACAGGUCCGACGCUUACGAACACGUUCUCGGAAUGGUCUGGAAGCCUGAACCGGAUGUCUUUGUUUUUCAAGGUGUUUUCCGAGAAGAAAUCCAGGCUCUACUUUCGGAUGGCGCUGUUCCAACCAAACGAGAAGUUCUGCGCACUGUGAUGAGCAUCUUCGACCCCAUCGGACUGGUAGCCAUCUUCGUCAUCCACGGAAAAGUGCUUGUGCAGCAUAUCUGGCGCUCUGGACUUGGUUGGGAUGAACGCAUUGGUGACACACUGCUUGAGCAGUGGAAGCGAUGGGUCAAGUUACUCCAGCAGCUGAAUCAAGUCGAAAUCCCACGUUGCUACUUCCCUGGCUACUCUUCUGAAGGCUACAGAACCGCCGAGCUGCACAUUUUCGUAGACGCUUCCGAGGAAGCCUUUGCAGCCGUAGCAUAUUUCCGAAUCGUUGAAGAAACAAGAGUUCGAUGCUCGUUGGUGUCAGCGAAAACGAAGGUCGAUGAAUGGCGUUGGGUACCAUCGCGUAUGAAUGUCGCUGACGAGGCCACAAAGUGGGGAAAAGGUCUCGAUAUCACCUCCAGCAGUCGCUGGUUCCAAGCUCCAAAAUCUAUACUAUACGAGCACCCGAAUUCGUGGCCACAGCAAACAACAAAAGAAGAGGAGUCUUCGGAAGAACUUCGUCCGAUUCAUCUUCACCUUGAAGUAGCCAGGGAAGAGCUGCUGCAGUACGAACGGUUUUCAAAAUGGGAGCGCCUGGUCCGUGCUGUAUCCUACGUACGCCGGUUCGUGGACAAUCUUCGUUGCAAGGCAAAAAAGCAAUCACCAAGCAACACGGAAUGGUUAAAUCGGGGCGAACUGCUGCGUGCGGAGACAACCGUCUUCAAACAAAUCCAGCACGAGGCUUUCGGGGACGAGCUUGUUAUUCUGAAGAAAAACCAAGAACUUCCCGCUGGUGAACAACAGAGACUUAAGAAAACUAGCAAGAUCCUCAAACUUUCACCCUUUCUGGACGAGCAAGGUGUCAUACGGAUGGACGGCAGGAUUGCAGGUGCACAACAGGUGUCCUUCGAUUUCAAGUUCCCGGUCAUUCUUCCCAAAGGACAUGAGGGAACAAAGCUUCUUGUCGAUUGGUAUCAUCGGCAGCACAAGCAUUGCAAUCCUGAAACUGCGGUCAACGAGAUGCGCCAGAAGUUUCAUGUGUCGGAAAUGAGAGUUGUUUUCAAGCAGGCCGGAAAACAUUGCCAGUGGUGCAAGAUUUACAGGGCAGCGCCGGAGAUCCCGAGAAUGGCUCCGCUUCCACAAGCAAGGACGGUGUCACAUGUGCGACCAUUCACCUAUGUCGGCGUUGACUACUUCGGGCCGAUGCUGGUUAAGCAGGGACGUAGCGAGGUAAAACGUUGGGUCGCGUUGUUCACCUGCUUGACCAUCCGCGCAGUGCAUCUUGAGGUGGUGCAUAACCUGACUACAGAGUCCUGCAAGAUGGCGGUAAGGCAAUUCGUCGCACGGAGGGGGGCUCCGAGGGAAAUUUUCAGCGAUCGGGGAACCAACUUCGUGGGUGCAAGCCGCGAUCUGAAGGAAGAGCUGAAGAGAAUCAACAGUAACCUCGCCAGUACGUUCACUAAUACGGAUACGCAGUGGCGUUUCAAUCCUCCAUCGACACCGCAUAUGGGGGGGUCUUGGGAACGCAUGGUCCGGUCGGUCAAAAGCGCACUGGCAUCAAUUUCCAUAGGGGGCAAGCCGGACGACGAAACCCUUCGCACGUUUUUAAUCGAGGCUGAAUCAAUAGUUAACUCGAGACCACUUACCUACCUGCCAAUCGAGUCCGAGGAGCAACAAGCACUUUCCCCUAAUUGCUUCCUGAUGCUUAGUACUAGCGGAGUAAAUCAGCCGGCAAGGGGUCCAAUCGUUGAAUGUUCGGGUGCGCGCUGCAACUGGGACCUAUGCAAACAACUGCUGGAUAGGUUCUGGAGUCGCUGGGUCAAGGAAUAUCUCCCUACGAUCACCAGGCGCACGAAAUGGUUCAGAGAUCACAAGCCCGUUGAAGUUGGAGAUUUGGUAGUAGUAGUCGAAGACCGUAUCCGGAAUGGGUGGCUGAGAGGACGUGUACUACGUGUGUUUCCGGGACGUGACGGGCGCGUACGGAAUGCUGAAGUGGAGACAGCCAAUGCAGGAGUGCUGGUUCGGUCAAUCGCCAAGCUGGCGGUUCUGAAGGUCGGUAGUACCGCUGAAGAUAACUUCGAGCAAUACGGGUCACGAACGGCGAUAAACCAGCACCCCGUUUCGAAAGGGUCACUCGAUCCACUCGCAGCAUAA